AUGUUCUUCACUGAGAUUGAUUUGUUCAUGAGUUUGAAGAGUUCUUCUGUCACAGAUGCAGAGAAUGAUGUUCUGUCUCAAAUGCACUUCAUGAUUCAGAAUAUUGAGAAGACAGCCCUGCUCUCUGAGCAUGUUAAUCUGCUUAUCACUGAGAUGAAACCUGAGACAGCAGAUCAGAAAAUGCAGGAUUUUAAGAUACAGAUUGAUCUGACUAAAAGAGAGCAGCAGAAACUCUUCUCUGAGAAGAUAGUGAAGAGUGAUUUUGAGAUGAUUAUCAUCUCAGAUGAGAAGAAGAAGAAGAAUAAGAAGAAUAAGAAGUGA